AUGCUGCUUCUUCUAAAGCAAAAUCCUACUGAUUGUCAUCUUCCAAUAAUCCAAGUGCUUUACAUGUGGCCUGGAAUGUUUGGUACUCGAUAUUGUUCACAGUCUUCAAAAAUGAAUACGAUGUUGGACCUUUUACGUAAUGAAGAAGAAGACGAAGAUGGUAACAUUCAACAUUGUUUGGGUGGAUUGAAUAAACUCUACCCAAAGCUGAAUCUUUCUUAA